AUGCUCUGGGGAAGCAAAACAGCGCAGGCUUCUGAGCCCGACCUCGCGCGCACGGAAUCCGCCUCAAAGAACGACCCCUCCGCCUCCGCCUCCCAAGCCUCCGGAACCGCAUGGCUCGCCGGACACUUGCACCACCUGACCCCAGAGCAGGAGGAAAAGCUAGCGGGGUUUAAGACGCUGUGCGCCGAGCGCAAGUACUACACUCCUGCUGUGGAACAGGCCGAAGGCGUCGAGGGCAAGACUGCUAGCCAUGACGAUGCUACUAUGCUGCGUUUCUUGCGUGCCCGCAAGUUCGAUGUUGAGGGUGCUUGGGGUCAAUUCAAGGACACGGAGGAUUGGCGCAAAGACAAUGCCAUCGAGGCGCUAUAUGAGAAUAUCGGCGUGGACUCUUACGAGGCUGCUCGACGGAUGUACCCCCAAUGGACUGGCCGUCGUGAUCGCCGCGGAAUCCCCGUCUACGUCUUUGAGAUCCGUCACCUGGAUAACAAGGCUGUUGCCGCUUACAACUCUACCAUGACUACUGGUACACCGGAGACACAUAAGUCGUCUACUGUCCCGGCACGCUUGUUGAAUCUCUUCGCGUUGUAUGAGAAUCUUCUGCGCUUUGUCAUGCCGCUUUGUUCGGCUUUGCAGCGGCCGAAUCCUGAGACACCUAUUGUUACCUCGACCAAUAUUGUUGAUGUUAGCGGUGUUGGAUUGAAGCAGUUCUGGAACUUGAAGAGUCAUAUGCAGGAUGCUAGUGUUUUGGCCACGGCGCAUUACCCCGAGACUUUGGAUCGAAUUUUCAUUAUUGGUGCUCCUUCUUUCUUCCCUACUGUCUGGAGUUGGAUCAAGCGCUGGUUCGACCCAGGCACUACCUCCAAGAUCUUCAUUUUGUCCGCUGCGGAGGUGCAGCCUACCCUCACUUCAUUCAUGGAACCCUCCAGUAUUCCCAAGCAGUAUGGUGGUGAGCUUGACUGGACCUGGGGCGAGAUGCCCAACCUAGACGAGCCUGCCCGUGACCUCCUCAAGGGCCUAGAGCAGGACCAAGUCGAGGGCGAGAAGCGAAAGGAUAUCCUCAAGGGACCCAUUCUAUUCGAAGGUGAUCACCUGAAGGUGCUGGGUACAGUCGAUGGAAAGGACCGGAGAGAGACCAUCCCCGUGCCGAAGUCGCACUUGUCCUCCGAGCAGGCCCCCGCCAAGUCUACUGACUCGGAGGCAAAGGCCGAUGACGCCACUGAGGCCAAGGCUGAAGACGAAAAGGCUGUCGAUAAUGUGGCGGUCAAGGUUAACCAGCUAUCUGUUGACGAGACUCAGACUGCUGCUGCAUAG